UUCAGCCGUACGCAAGACCAGGACAUUCACAUCCUGCAGGCUCAGCUUUGGCUCUACCUUCGAGUUCCCCGAGACCUGGUAGCCAGCCUCACCCUGAGAAUCUUCCUUGCUGGUGGGGAAGGUGAUUUGGUGGGGGGUAAUCGCACGUUGCUGAGUGAGAGGCGACUGAGUGCUAAGGGCAGUGGCUGGCGCGCCUUCACCCUCAUGCCUGCCCUGCAGAGUUUCUUUGGGGGAGAGCGCAGGACCCUGCGGCUGGAACUGGAAAGCCGUGGGGAUGGGGGUGAUAUCAUGGCAAUAGUCAAUGCCAGCCGGUCCCAUCAGCCCUUCCUGGUGGCUGAGGCAAAGGUGCGGGAGCCGGGACACCACGUGGCCAAGCGCAGCCUCCACUGCAGCCAGAACUCCAACUUCUGCUGCCGCAAGGACUACUAUGUGGAUUUCCGUGACAUCGGUUGGAACGACUGGAUCAUUAAGCCUGAGGGCUACCAGAUAAACUACUGUGUGGGCCAGUGCCCUCUACAUGUGGCAGGCAGCCCUGGGAUGGCCUCUUCUUUCCACACAGCUGUCUUCAACCUCGUCAAAGCUAACAACAUCCAGGCAUCGGGGCACUCUUGCUGCGUGCCCACGCGACGCCGGCCACUCUCUGUCCUCUACUUCGAUCGUAAUAGCAACAUUGUCAAGACUGACAUCCCUGACAUGAUUGUUGAUGCCUGCGGCUGUAGCUAG